CGGCACUACAUUGUGGAGUGCGGAAGAAGACCUAGGCCGGAUCCCCUUCCACACCCUGCUUGUGUGUUGGCUGAAUGGAGGAGGAGAGACUCUUCCUGGUGAAUAAACAGUGACAGCUAUAGGGCAGAUACUGAUACCCAUUUCACACCACGGGCACACACCUUAUCCUUUACGCUUAGACAACACAAAAAUGGCUUCUGACAGUAAACACAUCGCCGCAAUGAAAUCUGAGCUGUACUUCCUAAUAGCCCGAUUUUUGGAAGCAGGACCCUGUCAAAAUGCAGCCGAGGUCCUGAUUAAAGAAGUGGAGGAGAAGGAGCUCCUGCCGAAAAGAAUUGACUGGACGGGGAAGGAACAUCCCGGGACUUACGAAAAUUUGGUUAAGAUUUACAGACAUAUAGCACCAGAUCAUCUGCUGCAGGUAUGCCGAUGUAUUGGCCCUCUUUUGGAAAAAGAGGUUCCAGCAAGUGUUCCUGGAGUGCAGUCUUUACUUGGAGCUGGACGACAGUCUCUUCUUCGCACCAAUAAAAGUUGUAAGCAUGUUGUGUGGAAAGGAACUGCUUUGGCAGCCCUACAUUGUGGAAGGCCUCCAGAGCCACCACUAAAUUAUGGAAGACCAGCAAAUAUAGCGGAAACUAUUUUUGGAAGAAAGCUUAAUGGAAGUUACAGACUUGGGCAGCUAGUUCCAACUGCUGUUUACCAGCAUAUGAAGAUGCAUAAACGAAUUUUAGGGCACCUGUCUUCAGUCUACUGCAUUACUUUUGACCGUACUGGCAGGAGAAUUUUUACAGGCUCAGAUGACUGUUUAGUAAAAAUUUGGGCAACAGAUGAUGGCCGGUUGUUAGCCACUUUGAGAGGACAUGCCGCUGAGAUCUCUGACAUGGCUGUUAACUAUGAGAACACCAUGAUUGCUGCAGGCAGCUGUGAUAAAAUGAUCAGAGUAUGGUGUCUUCAGACCUGUGCACCACUUGCUGUUCUUGAAGGACAUGGGGCAUCUAUCACAUCAUUGCAGUUUUCUCCAUUGUGUUGUGGCUCGAAAAGAUUUCUUUCUUCUACUGGGGCAGAUGGAUCCAUUUGCUUCUGGCAGUGGGAUUCCAGGACAUUAAAAUUUAGUCAGCGGCCAAGUAAAUUUACAGAGAGGCCCAGGCCAGGCGUCCAGAUGAUUUGUUCUUCAUUCAGUGCUGGUGGAAUGUUUUUGGCAACAGGCAGCACAGAUCACAUUAUCAGAGUGUAUUUCUUCGGCUCUGGGCAGCCUGAGAAAAUUUCAGAAUUGGAAUCACAUACUGAUAAAGUUGAUAGCAUACAGUUCUCCAACACUGGUGACAGGUUUGUAAGUGGAAGCCGUGAUGGAACAGCCCGCAUCUGGCAACUUCAUCAACAAGAGUGGAGAAGUAUCUUGUUAGACAUGGCUACCAAACUGUCUGGAAAUAACCCACAAGGAAUGGAAGACAAAGUGACAAAACUAAAAGUCACAAUGGUGGCAUGGGAUUGUCAUGACAAUACUGUUAUUACAGCAGUCAAUAAUCUGACACUAAAGGUUUGGAAUUCUUACACUGGGCAACUUAUACAUGUUCUGAUGGGCCAUGAAGAUGAAGUGUUUGUUCUUGAACCUCAUCCAUUUGAUUCUAGAUUGCUGUUUUCUGCUGGCCAUGAUGGCAAUGCUAUUGCAUGGGAUCUUUCUAGAGGCAUCAAAAUUCGUUCUUACUUCAAUAUGAUUGAAGGACAGGGCCAUGGUGCUCUGUUUGAUUGCAAGUGCUCUCCUGAUGGACAACACUUUGCAUGCACAGACUCUCAUGGGCAUCUUCUUAUUUUUGGGUUUGGCUCGAGCAGUAAAUAUGACAAGAUUGCUGAUCAAAUGUUCUUCCACACUGAUUACCGUCCACUUAUACGUGAUGCCAACAACUAUGUUUUAGAUGAACAAACCCAACAGGCGCCACAUUUGAUGCCUCCUCCAUUUCUGGUAGAUGUUGAUGGAAAUCCUCACCCUUCUAAAUAUCAAAGACUGGUUCCAGGACGGGAGAAUUGUAGAGAUGAACAGCUUAUACCCCAGAUGGGUGUUACUUCCUCAGGUUUGAAUCAGGUUGUCAGUCAGCAAUCAAAUGAUGGCUCUAGUCCUCUAGAUACCAUGAUCCUACGCUUGCAACAAGAGCAAGAUCAAAGAAUGUCUGGUGAUGCUGGAAGCAGUGGGUUGAACAGGGGAAGCAGAGGAUCAUUAAGCUCUCCUGCAGAAGUUCACUCGCCUCCUAAUGUUGGGUUACGACGGAGUGGACAAAUAGAAGGGGUUCGACAGAUGCAUAGCAAUGCACCCAGGAGUGAAAUUGCAACAGAAAGAGAUCUUGUGGCUUGGAGUCGGAGAGUUUUAGUGCCAGAGUUACCUCCAGGUAUAUCCAGCAAGCAAGAAAGAUGGAGGACUGCCAAAGGUGAAGAAGAAAUAACCAUAUACAGAUCAGAGAAGAAAAAAAGAUCUGGUACAAGUAGUGCUAAUAGGGAAUCUAAGAACCAUUAUGAGUCAUUUAAUGAUACUGGAGAAAUGAGGAAGCUGCAGACAAAUCAGCAUAACUACCAUACAAGAGCAGCAGUUGAGGAAACAUUAAGACAUGGAGAUACUGCUGAGGAAGAGAAUAGCUCUUCAGAGGAGACUGAAACACGUCCUGCAAGUGCUGAAACAUCAGAGGAAGAAGCAUGGCCAAGUGACAGCAGCAGCUCAAGUGACUACUCAAGCGAUUAUUCUGAUUGGACUGCAGAUGCUGGCAUCAACCUUCAACCACCAAAGAAAGCAGUCAGACACAAAAAAAAGAAAAGUGCAAGCAGUUCAGAAGAGGAUGGGGAGAAGAAGAAAGAGAAAGAAAGCAAAAAAGAGAAGAGAAGAGAAAAGCGAGAGAAAGAUGGUGCCUUACCAAAGAAGAAGAAACCAAAGGAAAAAAAACGAAAAAGAUUACCAACUGGAGAAUUUCAGGAUCAAGGGCUGACAUUGGAAGAAUGGCUGCCUUCGUCAUGGAUUACAGAUACAGUUCCAAGGAGAUGCCCUUUCAUACCACAGAUGGGGGAUGAGGUGUAUUAUUUCCGUCAGGGCCAUGAAGCAUAUGUGGAAAUGGCUCAGAAAAACAAGAUUUACAGUAUUAACCCUAAAAAGCAGCCCUGGCACAAAAUGGAGUUGCGGGAGCAAGAAUUAAUGAAGAUUGUUGGCAUAAAAUAUGAAGUGGGACUUCCUACGCUUUGCUGUCUGAAAUUGGCUUUCCUUGACCCUGAUACUGGUAAACUUACUGGAGGAACUUUUUCAAUGAAAUACCAUGAUAUGCCAGAUGUUAUUGACUUCUUAGUUCUUAGGCAGCAAUUUGAUGAGGCAAGGAAUCGCCAGUGGACAAUAGGGGAUCGCUUCCGGUCUGUGAUUGAUGAUGCCUGGUGGUUUGGAACAAUUGAAAGCCAAGAACCAUUCCAGUCUCAGUAUCCAGAUAGUUUAUUCCAGUGUUACAAUGUCUGUUGGGACAAUGGAGAUACAGAAAAAAUGAGUCCUUGGGAUAUGGAAAUAAUUCCCAAUGAUGCGGUUUUUCCAGAUGAAUUGGGUUUGAGUGUACCACUAACUGAAGAGGAGCACCGGCAGCUACUGUAUAAACCAUUAGAAGGAGAAUGGGGUUCCCGAACUAGAGAUCAGGAAUGUGAAAGGAUCAUUGUAGGAAUCAACCAAUUAAUGACACUAGAUAUUGCAGCUCCAUUUGUUUCUCCUGUGGAUCUUUUGGCAUAUCCUACAUACUGCACUGUAGUGGCAUACCUCACUGACCUUAGUACAAUAAAAGAAAGACUGGAAAAUAGAUUUUACAGGCGUAUGCUGUCUUUAAUGUGGGAAGUCCGAUAUAUUGAACACAACGCACAGACUUUCAAUGAGCCAGGAACCCCUAUAGUAAAAACAGCCAAGUUUGUUUCAGACCUAAUGCUGCAGUUUAUCAAAGACCAAAGCUGCACUGAUAUCAUUCCACUCUACCGUAACAUGAAAAAGAAAACCUUCUCAGACUCUGAAGAAGAGGAUGAAGAUGAUGAUACUGAUGCUCCGGGCACUUCAGCUAAGAAAAAGAAGGAACAUAAACCUAUAAGAAAACUACGAAACAAAGCCCAGCCGUAUGACAUCAAUGCUUGGAAGACACAGUGCAAAGAAUUGCUUGAUUUAAUAUUUCAAUGUGAGGAUUCUGAACCAUUUAGGCAACCAGUUGACUUGGAAGAAUAUCCGGAUUAUAGGGACAUCAUUGACACUCCAAUGGAUUUUGGUACAGUAAGAAACAAACUUAAUUGUGGAAAUUAUGAAUCACCAACAGACCUUUGCAAAGAUGUGAGGCUCAUAUUUAGUAAUUCUAAGGCAUACACCCCCAGCAAAAAGUCAAGGAUUUACAGCAUGAGCUUACGUCUUUCUGCUCUGUUUGAAGAACAUAUUAGUGUUAUCCUCUCUGACUAUAAAUCCGCCCAACGAUUUCAAGCAGCAAAUAAGCUAACAAGGCAAAGGAAGAGAGGAAGAAGAAGAAGCUCAUCUCAUUCCAGUAGUGCUACAUCAAGUCCUGAAAGGAAGCGUAGGUCCGUGAAAGUGCCCCUGAAGCCAGAGCCUUCUACCUCAUCUCAAUCUCCAGCAGCCUCACGUCCAGCUACUUUACGUAAUGUUACACCCAAACUGCCAGCUACUCAGUUGAAUGGGAAGACUGUGGACACUGCAGCAAUAAUACGCACAAGGAGUGCCAGACGUUUUGGCAGUUCUUUUGAUGCAGAACAAGCUUUAGCAUCCUCUGUAGCUAAAUCAUCUGCUUCAAAAAAUAAUGCAACACUUAGUGUCCAUCGCAAACCAGUAAUGGAAAAUCUCAACAAGCACCUGAAGUCCCCAAGCACUGCAUCCAGUCCAAGCAUUUUUGGUGAACAGCAGAAUAACAGACGUUCCUCUACUCCAGAGACUGUUGGAAGAAAAAAGAAAAUAACCCGAAAAUUGAAAAUGCCAUUAAAUCAAUCACAGAUGAAUUCAAGAGUGAAUGAGAGGAUGGAGAACAUUGUACAGCUCAAUGGACACAGUAAACAUAUACCAAAUUCUGUUGCCAAAAGAGGCCGAAAACCAAAAGCAGAGACUAUUGCAAAUAAGGAACAGGCUGUCCAAUCAGAGCCAAUUGUGAAGCCACCAGGCAAGAAACGAGGACGCAAAAGCAAACAAGAAUUAGAGGCUUUGCGUGCUAGUAGACUUCAGAGUACAACAGAGGAAGAGAAGGACCAUUCUGUUUCAGAUGAGGCUGGUACGUCUUCUGCUGGAUUUGAUGUUAAUAUGAAUCAAGGGCAUUUGCAAAAACCUAAGUCACGCCGUGGAAGGAAACCAAAAAGCAUGAAAAAAUUACCAUCUCCCCCUCCCAUGCCACCUGCUAUGAACCCAAAGAUGCAGACAAGAAGUAGCAAAAAGCAGACUGAGCAGUCUGUGGGUUUUACAGGGGAGACAUUAAGAACUGAGGUUGAAGCCAUUGAGCAGAACAAUGAUAGUGAAGAGAAAGGUGUCAAAUUUCCCAUGAAGACCAGAAAUCAGGGUCGAAGGACAGCAUUUUACAAUGAGGAAGACUCUGAGGAAGAGCAGCGGCAACUCCUGUUUGAAGAUUCUUCUUUGACUUUUGGGACUUCCAGUAAGGGACGUGUUCGUAAGCUGACUGAAAAGGCAAAAGCGAAUCUAAUUGGCUGGUAAAUGGGACAAAAGAAAACCUGCAACCUUUAUAAAA